ACUGUAGUAAUAACAAUCGAAUGCGAGUAUUUAGAAACAAGCUUUCGUAAAUGAUGAUCCUUUUCCUGGUUUCUUUGUUUGCGAUGUGCCCAGUGUCAGUGCGUUAACAAAUUCCGAGUAUACGUAUAACUGUGGAUGUGUAAAAAAUCAGAAAACCAUUUUUGCAUUCGUUAUAACGCAUACUUCAAGUAUUGCUCUUCAGCCUCCGUAGUCCGUAGUAGUUGUGUUGAUUUCGUAGUUCCCUUUUCGUAGUGGCGUUUGUUGCAUUACGUGAAUCUCUGGAUAGCCGACAGUAUGGCUGCCACCGGAGAGCCGAGCAGCUCGAAACAAAAAAGCAAAUACGAAACUUGGAAAGAGUUAUCGGUGACCGAUCGGUUAGACAGAGUUGGCAACAGCAUCCAGAAAGUGAAGGAUCAACCGUAUGCACUGGAUUCGUACACGUAUGAACCGAAAUUUGGAAAAGGGGAUCCAGUGGCCGUUUGCUGUCAAGGAUAUUAUUACCAUGCUGUUGUUGUUAACGUGGAGGAUGAACCGUACGAGUGUCCUGAUUUAGAAAAAAAAGUGCCGUUGUAUCGCGUCAAAUAUCCCGGCUGGACGAGUAAGGACGGAAACGGAGAAGAACUGAUUGUCGAGUAUGAUCUCAUUGGCACCACCAAGCACACGGUCGCACACGAAUUGCUCUACGCGCACUAUUGGAAUAAAGCCAAACUUUCAAAAGAAAAGAAGCUGAAGAAAGCUCAGCAGAAAAGCAUUUUCGAACUUCCUGUUCGGACACUGCAGAAGCUGGAGACCAAAUGGCAGCAGCAGAUUCAACAGGAAAAUCCGGACCAGACCGUGACGUUUGCCCAGUGGGUGGGAGUUGAUAAUCAGCAGUGAGUGAUGCUUGGCGUGGUACACACUUUGUGCAGGAUUCCAUGCGGUUCCCUGUCGAAUCUCCCUAUACCGCGAAACACUAUUCCCCAAUCCCAUGCUCGCGUUUCGAAACUACGAUGCAUUCAGGUCUUCGCUGCAGUCAUUUCUUUGGAACUCUAGUUCGUGUUUUUCACGGUCCUUUAAAAUUGUAUGGCGGGAUUCAGGUUAGUUUUUCCAUUGUAUUAUGUUGCAACCCUUUUUCGAAACAUGGACGACAAACUCGCUUCGUGCGGAUGAUGAGAGAAGUAUUUUCCGUAACUUGUUCAUGGGGCAUUUGAAUAUUCCAGUUUUUGGUUUUUAUCCUUUAUCUGUUUGUGCUUAUGCGAUUGAGCCUUGUAAAUAACCUGAUCAUGAGUGAUGAAUAAAAUGGAAAUCAGAAAA